AUGCUCGAAUAUAUCCACCAUAACUUUCGAAAGAUCCUCCGCGAGGGCAGAAUUCGCAUACACACAUUUCAGGAAGGCCAGGGACUAAGAGGGAUCAAGGGAUUUACUGGAAAGGUCGUGGAUGAUUUCUCCGCUCGCGUCGACUACAAAUUGGAACCAGUCGAGACGAUAGACGCCGGUCAUUUGAAUAUGGUGCGAUUCAAGAACGAGCGAAAACCCGGCUUUCGAGCCGUAUCUAGGGCAUUGAGACGCUACGUAUUGACGAUAAACGAAAGGAAAUGUAGGUUCCAACCCGCAUGA